UAAACCUUUACCUGGUCCUUUGCAGCCUGCGCAUGCUGACGCAGCUGCCUACUUGACCUACAGAAAACAUUGUAAUGUCAAAAGGCAAACUGCUGUCCAGUGAAGCACAGUCAUUGUCAUGUCAAAAGAUCAAAUCCUUCUCAAUGAGAAACACUACUGGGGAAAUGGUGUGGUGGAAUUGUUGCAUGUAUUGGCAAUUAAAACCGUUGUUUUUGUGCAAAUCCCUGGCUAUAGUCCAGCAGUUGCACUCUUAACUAAAAUGCUGCUCUCCAGAAUAGAUUCAAGCACUCAGCUGCUGGCCAUUGUUGUAGUGGGGAAGAUAACCCUCGGGAUAUAGGAGUACAGAAAACCGGCACCUUUAUUCACUGCAGCUGUUGUAGAGGGAUCGUCACCGGCUUUCACCCCCUGAGCUCCAGGUGGCGAGACUACACCCCCACAGCCCUUUGUGCAAAGUCUCGAAUCCCGAAAACACACAUCGGAGCCAAAGAAGCACAAUACCUGCCGCGUGUGAGCUUUCUGUGGCUUAUGUACAUAGCUUGUCUACCGCAAUUUGUGCUUAAGCUGUAUUUCCUCAGGUGGGUAAGGGGAUCAGGUCCAUAUCUGAUCAGCUCCCAGCUUCUCUGACCUGAAUUUUCCCGGCCAACAUGUCGCAGGAUUUCUUGCUUCUGCUAUCUGACCGAAGCUAAGACGUUAAUUUCAAUGGUUGUGUCGUGUAAUUUGCUUACCAGGGGUCACUGUGCUCACCACAGGAUUUAAAUUCUAGGCCUUUCGCUGCUUAACUGAAUGUAAGACUUGUGGGUCUUGGCUCAAUUACAUUUAAUCAGAGCAACAUAUAAUUUUGAGGUAAAAGGUUUCAUUGCAUUUUGAAAACUUUGCUUUAAACAUGCGAUUUUAACCGGCGCUGAAUACGCGACACGCAUGCGCUACUUUGAACUCUGGAGGAAGAAGCCGGGGCGGGGCUUUGGUCCGUGUUAACCUAACUUCUCCAGGAAAUCCCUUAACGGCGGCAUUUCAUUGGUCGCGCAGCUGCCAUUCAGCCGCGGUCACCGGCGAAAUGGGGAGCGCCUAUUGGUGUCUGACGCUGUCAAUCACAGACGCAGGCCGGAGACGGGGCGGGAAGUUUGGUUGAGAUAGGAGUGCUGCGGCUCCAAGAGGCGGAGUGAAAAACAGUGGAAAUCAGUAGAAAAUAAUUCAUUUUUAUUUCAGUCGCCAAAAAUUCGGACAGUUAGACAACAUGGUGGAAGCAAGGGAAAGUCUCGGUUUGAUGUAGGUAAACGUUUUAAGUACAAAUGGCGAAAAGCGUGCUGUUUUUUCCAGGUUAUUUUUUAAAUUAAUCCCUGCAGUUUUUUUUUUGUUGUUGUGUGUGUGUGUGUUUUUGUGGUCUGCUGUUGAAUCAAAUGGAUGUUGGGUGAUGUGCUCUCGGCCUUCGCUUUGCAAACACGAUCAUUUGGGAAGCGUGCGCUUUUAGGGGGACGCGGUGCCCCCUUUUUCCGAAACCUUUCCCUCGGCAGGGCUCCACGCGCGGCUUGGAUCGGGCUCCCGAGUUUCCGUCUUCCGAUGGGGGUGCGCCUUCCGUGCCCCCUGAGAAAACAUGUUGAUUAUUGUUUGAGAAUACCGUACAGCAGGGCCCGCUCGGGCUGAUUUUAUGGGGUUAUUUCGUCGAAGAGACAGUUGAAAACGGCUAGUUGCGUUCACUCCCCACCCCCCCACAGCAGCAGAAGCAAAGGACUUGUUGAAACGGCUCCUCGCAAACGACGAUAAAACAUGGAGCCUUGUUUCCAGACUACUUUGAGCUCACACUAGAGGCCCGGCCUCUCGCCCGGCCCGGCCCGACCCGACCCGACGCGGAGAGCUCGGCGGUGCCCCGGUUCGCGGGGCCGAGGGGCGCCCGGGGGCCCACGCAAGCCAUGAGCCACCCGGCCUCCGUGUCCCAGGAGAAGAUGGAUCUGGACCUCGACAUCCCCGUGUCCCUGACCCAGAACGACGGGAACCUGAGGAGAUCCAACAGUGCCCCCAUGAUCAACGGGCUGAGCGACCACUCGCAGGUGUUCCAGCGGGAGGUUCUGCGCAGUCGGAGGAACAGCACCACUGUGGUGAACCGCCAGAGCCUGAUGGUCCCCUCUUCCCCCAUCAGAGUCCCCAGCAGCAGACUCCAUCAGAUUAAACAGGAGGAAGGUGUGGAUCUGAUGAACAGAGAGACGGCCCACGAGCGCGAGGUGCAGACGGCCAUGCAGAUGAGUCAGUCCUGGGAGGAGAGCCUCAGCCUGAGUGACAACGACUUGGACAAAUCCUCCUCUCCGAAGCGGAUUGACUUUGUGCCCGUGUCCCCGGCUCCGUCUCCCACCAGAGGGAUUGGGAAGCAAUGCUUCUCGCCCUCUCUUCAGAUCCUGGUAGGCACCAACGGUCUCCCGCCCAGCCCCAUCCCAAGUCCCACCCGGCGCUUCACCACCAGGAGGAGUCAGAGCCCCAUCAACUGUAUUAGACCCAGUGUCCUGGGGCCCAUCAAACGCAAAGGCGAGAUGGAAACCGAAAGCCAGCCAAAGCGCCUUUUCCAAGGAACAACCACCAUGCUCUCCCCCGAGGUUCACCUGCCCAGCCUGAGCUCCUGUCUCUCCCCGGCCCUCCUGGACAGCAGCCUCAGCAGCGUGGGCUCCUCCUCCGACUCCCCGGCCAAGAUCAGCAUGGUCUCGGCCUCCCCCGACGCCUCCCCCUUCGCCGCGCUCCGUGACCUGUCGCCCAAGUGACGCCCCGCCCGGGGGAGAAUCGGGCAGCGGCGACUGCGGCUCCCUCUGGACUUCAUUGCCACCUCUCUUUCCAAACCCGCCCAGCCAGGUCGCCCUUCGUGAAAUGGAAGAAAGUCGACUCCAGGGCCCUGAACUGUGCUUUUUUUUUUUGCGUUGUGCUGCUCCUCAAAAGUGCACUUCCUUUGCAGACAGACGUGGGCGGCAGGUUUGAAGACUGCUUGCCGUUUCCUCCUUGUCGGCUCCAGCUGCUAUUUCUACUUUCCUACAAGGUGCUGACCCUGGCAGCAGUCUCCUCAUCCCCUCUACUGCUUCACAUCCGGAUUAUUCUCCUGGCAACGCGAGUUGCUGAUGAGGGGCACCUUGUCCUGUGAUGCUUUUGUUUCCCUUUGGAGUCCACUGUUCUCAAUCCCACAGGACUCCAGGGUGAUUCUGAAAUACAAGCCAGGCAUGGCUCUGUAGCUCACUGGUAUGCACACAAGGAGAAUGCUAGCAGUCUCCUUGAGAUGAGAAGCGACUGUAAGAAGACUGCGUGUCUUUGGGCUCUCGUCUCGCUUGUGCUGCAGUGUACCGUAGUACUGCCAGCUCAGAAAUGCUCGCAGGCUCAGGGCCGACCCGUGAACUGACACUUCUUUCCAGCGAGGUAAUGAAACCGCAUGUAGUGGCUGCGCAUGUCUUCCCGCCCCACCCAGGAUGUCCUGGUGUCUUCUCCACCUGCACUAACCGGCUGCAAGCCAACCGGCUUCCCUACACAGGGCAAAUCCCAAGAUUUCCGUAGACUUUCCCCCCUCCCAAGCGUUUUCCUGUUCCACGCUCGUGUUCUGCCUUGGGUCUCCUGAAGGGAUAAAAGUCUCCGCUGGUUUGAAGACCGAGCCCUACAGUGCAGAGGUCCAGUGAACAUCUCACCGUGACUGGCGACGGGGAAGUGCUUCCUUCUGGGAAGCAUGGAAGACCUCCCGAGAUGACGGUACAGGAAUGCUGGAAUACCGCUAAGAGAAGGCCGUUGGAGUAAGUCUGAAGAAACUUUCCCAAGGCCGUCCCUGGAGUCAGUGCUCCUGCACGCCGGUCUUCCUCGACUCUGGCAUGGGAAGCCAUGGAUUGCUCACCUAGUUGUGGUCACAGGUGUUGUUGUGUCCUCAGCAGCUGCAGGGGAGCCCAGCAGCGGACAGGAAGCUCGGUUGUGGACAUGGAUUUCAAGGACUGAGAUGAACAAGCGUAAUCAUCCGCCUUGGAUCCAGGACAAAGGCUUGCCAACGCUGUCCGGCAUUUCUGUGCUCGGGAAUAGAAUGAGCAGAAGGAGAAUACAGCCUACUCCAGACAGCCUUGGAUGCCGCGUAGCUGUGUUAUAUGGAAACACUAUAGAGCGCUGUUUAAUCUGGGUCUUUUCUUUUUUUUUUUUAAGCGUUUAUUUGAUUGUACACGUUGGAGUAACACUGUUACUGCCGGUGUGCCUGUGGCGUUCGGACGUGGGCUGUUGGGCAGAUUCAGUAGAAUGGCUCCCCUUCCUUUCUUCACCUGGUCAGAGGGGAGAGCCUGUCCCAGAACACGUCGCUGUUUGCGUACCGUGUCCUGCAGUGGAGCAUGCAAACGUGCAGCCUAGCCCAUCUAGGAAGCUGCUGCAAGAACUAGUUGGGGCUCAUCUGUUUGCAGCGCCAAGGUGACGGAAGUCUCCAGAGCUUUCUCCACUGCCUACAUUUGUGAAAUCCACUUCUGUAGUGAGGUGGUUUAGGAUUUUAUGAUUUAGUGAAGUUGGUAUCUUUACAAAGUGGGUUUUGACACCAGUCCCGCAACUCUCUAAACGUAAAAGCUGCUAGGUCAGAAAAUUUGAAGUUUUUAAAAAAUUUUCUGGCUGUCUAAUAUGUUUGUAACUGCAGGCAGUAUCUUCAUCACUUUUGGAGGCUUAUAUUCUAUUGGGGGGGAGAGAGAAGCAUUUAUACCACAUCACUGGUCUCUCUCCCUUCCGGUGCAUCUUGAAGGGCAGCACAGCAGAGCGCGUCGUUCACACCCCUCAGUGUCGAAGUUGUUUAAGUUUCUAAUUCAUCGUUAAUGAAUUAACCAGCACGCAGCCCCUCGCCGAGGGGUCUUGUAAGAAACGCAUCAAGCAGAAAAAAGAAUCUUAGGGUUCCGAUGUGAAAAAUGAGAGAUACUAAGGGAAUCUUUGUUUUGAAAGUAAUAAAUACAAGGUUGGAUUUGGAUUGUUUAUUUCUCAUCUGAACAUAUGCUGUAACCUACUGAUUUUAUUAAUGCUCUGUGCCAUUCUGAUAAACAUCAUCAGAAUAAGGGCCUGGAGGGUUUUGAGGAAAUGUCCAUUUGAGUCCUUAGUCUUCUGAUGUAUUUGUAUGUAAAUGACUGUAAUUGUGUAAAAAGUCAGUGUUAAUCGGGUGGUUGUAGUAUUUUAUUUUUCAAAAUUCUAUUGUUUUAUAAAUAAAUCUAUAUUUCCUUUAAGUAGACAUUGCUAGUUUUACAAAAAAAAGGCAUGAAAAAUGUAAAAUUGACCAUCUGACCACAUUAUGCUUUGGUGCAAAAGAACUGUAGAGGUGACUAUAACCAAGAGGGCAAGUCCUGGGUUUAUAGCAGAGAUAAACCAUUAAUUUGAAAUGCAGAUUUUUUAAGAAAAAAAAAAGCUUUAAGGUUUGUGAAGCUGCAGUUUGUACAUAGUUUUUACUUUAAUAUUUUGUUUUCCUCUUUCAUGAUCGCAAGAAGCACCUUGUACACAGUCCCUACCUGAGCUGUUACCCAGAAUUCUCCUGUCCUGUGGAGUGUUUUUUUUUUUUAUUGUUUCUUUAUUUUUGAAAGAAAGUGCCCUGAUGCUGAAGUACGAGGUAGCAGGCUGGCGUGCUGCUGCCUGCUGGGGUAGCCACAGUGUGUUCAUAUGCUUUGUGUAUUUAUGAAUUGCUAAAUGGAAAAGCUAUUUUCUUCACUCCUGGUUUAAAAGAAAAAUAAAUUAUUAGCUGUAAAAGCUUU